CUACGUCGUUAAUGCUGUUUACAUCAGAACGUUCCAGAGUGUACGCGAAAUGUAUCGCUGCACUUGCAUCAGAAUGAUCUAGACUGGUCUAGACAUGACAAACCGCUUUUAAAUGUAGAUUGUGCUGUUAUAUCUUCAGUUACAAAAUGUAUCGAGCACGAAGCGUUGUACCACGGCUCUGUCGCCAACUUCAGGCGGUAACUCGCCAGCCAUUACGAUGUCGGUCUGACUACACCAUACCUUCUUUUUUCAGGAUGAAGAUGAACCAAAGUCCGUUUGAAAAACAUUUCCGUUCGAUUUUGGAUGAAAUGGGUCAGAUGACCCGGCUCGCUUUUGAUGAGAUUUCUGAUGAUAUUCCGCGACGGGGGAGACACGUUUUAUCGAGAUCUGAGGCAGUCGAGUUGAAGAUUGACAAUAAAGCCUUUUCUUUGAAAAUGAAUAUGCGAGACUUUAAACAAGACCAGAUGAGGGUAAAAAUCAACAACAACCGACUCGUGAUUUCGGCAAAACAAGAUAAUCCAGACAGCAACGGGUGCGUCUCAAGGGAGAUAACUCGAGAAUUCCUUAUCCCAGAGAACAUCGACACAGAAAGUAUGAAUGCAGUUGUCACGGACGAGGGCUUAUUGGAGAUCAAAGGUCGGGUCAAAGGUGUUACCGAACAAAUGGAGAAAGUCAUUGAAAUUGAGCGGGAACCAAAUUCAAAAGAGUAGAAGUAGUCUAUAUGACGUUUUAGUAAAUUGAGAUCGAAUUCAAACGAGUAUAGACCGUAAACAAAUCUGUAUUUCGCCACUGUUAUCUCUAAACCCUCAUUCAAUUCGAUUACACCGUCGUGAACCUUCUAUUGCUUUUCGUCCGCAUGUAAAAAGUGUGGAAUACUGUGUGGAUAGUAUUCGUCAUGAUAUCGGCCGUCAGCGUCGACAAUAGAUAUACUGAUAGUGAUAAAAAGGUUUUUUUAGACCAGUAAAACGUAACCAAUAAUGGUAAUUCUAAUUAGCAAUACCAAUUAUCAAUAAUGUAAACAAAGUGAUUGAAAACAGUGUAAUGUGUGAAGUAACCCACCUGAUUAUCACAGAAUUCUCGAGCAUACGGGUCACUUGGUGGUAUUUACGAUGUUUGUCGCAUCAUGUACUAAAAAACGUAAUAGAAGGGAAGUAACUCGUAUAAAAUAGUCAACCUCGCUGUUUACGACAGCGUGGCAGGAGAAGAUUAUUUAGUCCAUAUCAAUGUGUUGUGCUAUUUGUAUAUUUUACAAUCAUCUGGACGACUUAGAAAAUAUUGUUAGUCAUUCCACUGUCUUCAUGUUGUCAAAACACCGAAAAAUAAAGGAAGGGAAUUUCA